AUGGCCCCGCGCCCGCCGCCCGCGCCCCCCGCGCGCGCCCUCCUGCUCGCCCUGGCCGGGGCUCUGCUCGCGCCCCGCGCGGCCCGAGGGGUGAGCUCAGGGGAGCAGGGAGCGGCCCCCGAAGUCGUCAGCGCCUCCCUUUGGAGCAGAGACCGCUGGAUCCCAGCAGAGAGCGUCCACACGCAGAACCAUCCAGAAGUGUUGACUGUUCGCAUACAACUGGCAAGCAAAGAACUGAUCGUAAACCUGGAAAGAAACGAAGGUCUCAUUGCCAGCAACUUCAUGGAAACCCAUUACCUACAAGACGGUACCGACGUCUCGCUCGCUAGAAACUACACGGGUCACUGCUACUACCACGGCCACGUGCAGGGAUACGCCGGCUCACUGGUCAGUCUCAGCACUUGUUCUGGUCUCAGGGGACUUAUCAUGUUUGACAAUAAAACCUACAUCCUGGAACCGGUGAAGAAUUCCACGCGCGGCUACAAGCUAUCCCCAGCUCAGAGCCUGCCGAGCGUGGGAGGAACCUGUGGGUCGCAUCAGAACUCGUCACGCCUCACUGCCCAGGGCUUGUUCCAGACGCCAGCAAGAAGGCAUAAAAGAGAGACGCUCAGGACGACCAAGUACGUGGAGCUGGUCAUUGUGGCAGACAACCGAGAGUUUCAGAGACAAGGAAAAGAUCUGGAGAAAGUUAAGCAGCGAUUAAUAGAGAUCGCUAACCACGUUGACAAGUUUUACAGGCCGCUGAACAUCCGGAUCGUGCUGGUGGGCGUGGAGGUGUGGAACGACAUCGACAAGUGCCCCAUAAGUCAGGACCCCUUCGCCAGCCUGCACGAGUUCCUGGACUGGAGGAAGAUGAAGCUUUUGCCUCGCAAAUCCCACGACAACGCACAGCUCAUCAGUGGGGUUUAUUUCCAGGGGACCACCAUCGGCAUGGCACCCAUCAUGAGCAUGUGCACCGCGGAGCAGUCUGGAGGAGUGGUCAUGGACCAUUCAGACAGCCCGGUUGGCGCGGCCGUGACCCUGGCGCACGAGCUGGGCCACAACUUCGGGAUGAACCACGACACGCUGGAGAGGGGCUGCAGCUGCAGGACGGCAGCUGACAAAGGCGGCUGCAUCAUGAACCCGUCGACCGGGUACCCGUUCCCCAUGGUGUUCAGCAGCUGCAGCAAGAAGGACUUGGAGACCAGCCUGGAGAAGGGGAUGGGGAUGUGCCUCUUCAACCUGCCCGAGGUCAAGCAGUCCUUCGGGGGCCGCAAGUGUGGCAACGGCUACGUGGAGGAAGGAGAGCAGUGCGACUGUGGGGAGCCAGAGGAAUGUACGAACCGCUGCUGCAACGCCACGACCUGCACUCUGAAGGCAGACGCCGUGUGCGCGCACGGGCUGUGCUGCGAAGACUGCCAGCUGAAGCCUGCGGGGACGGCGUGCAGGGGCUCCAGCAACUCCUGCGACCUCCCGGAGUUCUGCACAGGGACCGGUCCUCACUGCCCGGCCAACGUGUACCUGCACGACGGGCACCCGUGCCAGGGCGUGGACGGCUACUGCUACAACGGCAUCUGCCAGACCCACGAGCAGCAGUGUGUCACACUCUGGGGACCAGGUGCCAAGCCCGCCCCCGGGAUCUGCUUCGAGAGGGUCAACUCCGCGGGGGACCCCUACGGCAACUGCGGCAAAGACUCUGAGAGCUCCUUCGCCAAGUGCGAGCCAAGAGACGCUAAGUGCGGAAAAAUCCAGUGCCAAGGAGGUGCCAGCCGGCCGGUCAUCGGGACCAAUGCAGUUUCCAUAGAAACAAAUAUCCCGCUGCAAGAAGGUGGCCGGAUUCUCUGCCGCGGGACCCACGUGUACCUGGGCGAUGACAUGCCGGACCCGGGGCUGGUGCUUGCCGGCACCAAGUGCGCAGAUGGAAAAAUCUGCCUCAAUCGGCGGUGUCAGAACAUCAGCGUCUUCGGUGUUCACGAGUGUGCGAGGCGGUGCCACGGCAGAGGGGUGUGCAACAACAGGAAGAACUGCCACUGCGAAGCCCACUGGGCGCCUCCCUUCUGUGACAAGUUUGGCUUUGGAGGAAGCACGGACAGUGGCCCCAUCCGGCAAGCAGAUAACCAAGGCUUAACCAUAGCAAUCCUGGCGACCAUCCUGUGCCUUCUCGCCACUGGGUUUGUGGUUUACCUCAAAAGGAAGACCUUGAUCCGACUGCUGUUUACAAACAAGAAGACCACCUUUGAGAAGCUAAGGUGCGUGCGUCCCUCACGGCCACCCAGCGGCUCCCAGGUUGGCCAGGCUCACCUCGCCCACCUCGGCAAAGGUCUGAUGAGUAGGCAGCUGCGUCCCAACACAUCACAGGACAGUCCCAGAUGGCCACAGUGUCCGAACGUUGACAUCAGCAGACCCCUCAACGACCGUGAAGUCCCUGUGCCCCAGUCACCUCAGCGAGUGCUCCCGCCCCUGCACCAGGUCCCUCGGGCACCCAGCGUCCCUGCCAGACCCUUGCCCGCCAACCCUGCGCUCAGGCAAGCCCAGGGAACUUGGAAGCCAAGCCCUCCUCAGAAGCCCCUGCCUGCGGAUCCUUUGAACAGGAUGGCCCGGCUCUCCAACGCCUCAGCGAGGGCCCUGGCACAGCAGGGGUCCAUGCCCCGCCAAGCACCCAUCAGACCUGCUCCUAAAUGUCCACACCAAGUGCCCAGAACCCACACCACCUACGUUAAGUGAGAAGCAAGCCGCCGCAACAGUGAAGACAGAAGUUUGCACUAUCUUCCAACUCCAGUUGGAGUUGUUUUUAUACCAACCCUUAGGAAUUUAAUGUUUAAAACACCAAUAUCUUAAGAACUUUGAGCUACUGCCGUCGGUGCUGUGCUGUGCUAUGGUGCUCUGUCUACUGGCUCAGGUACUUGUAAGUUAUUAAUUUAUGUGGAGAGUUUAUUACAGUGCAGUGCGCUGUAGUAAGCAUUUUUACCAUCACUGAGUUUUCCGUGGAAGGAAGGCUUGAUGUGCUUUUAAUAUUUUAGUGAACUUGAAAUAUCUUGCUUGCUGAGAUUCUGGACUGGAAGUUUACGCUCUGACCAAGGUGCUGUAAGAAAGCAGUUCCCCACAAUGACCCAUGGUUAUGGUGCCUGACACAGCCCGAGACCCUAAGUGGACCCUCGAGUGACUUUCUGGAAUCUCUAUCUUGGGCCAGAGCUGGGAAGGCUUCAGGUCCAGGCUGUGCUAAACUUUCAGGGAGACCCUAGGGUCCCUGUUCAGCUAGCAGGGAAGCUUCUGGCUUCUGGUCAGGAAACUUUGGAGAGAACAUGGGCUGCAGACAGAAGUCUUAAGAUGUGGCCACAUGAGGAUAGGCAAUGGAACAGCAGGGCAGCAGAAACUUGACCUUGAGCUGACCCGGCCUGAGCCCAUUUUGGAGAGCAGGCAGAGAGAAGCCAAACCACGGGCAGUUCCACGGAUCUUAAUAGGAACACCACACAUUUCUUCCUGUGCUGAUGCUGCACAGCGUGCCGGCAUCAGCACAGUGUACAGAAUAGGAAAGUGCCCGGGCACUGCGACCCCUCCACCUCCCUGUGCUGUUGGGAGCUAAGCAGAUCUCCAUGUUGUCUGCUCAGUGAUCCUGUAGGCAUGGGACCACAAGUAUAUUAGGUGUGAACGAACCAGUGCCCAGGUAUAGUCAGUCUGGUAGGUAAACGUCUCCUUUCAAUACAUGGCUCACCUUAUGAAAAAUGAGGUAGGAUCACUGUGCUUGCAGGAAGUGUAACCACCUACACGCCCUGUUCUCUAGUGCGGCCCGUGUCUGCCCUCCCAGUCGGGACGCCGAACACGGAGCCGUGCGUCACUGUUCAGUGCUCGGUAGAACAUCCUGUGUUCCCCGCGUGGCCACAGGAAGCUUAGCAUAGAACCUGAACCCACCCCUGAACCCCUCGCAGCCUACCUGUUGAGCAUCAAAGAUUGUGGUAAGAAAAAUACAUUUUUCUAAUCCUAAAUAUUCAUGAAACGCAGGCUUGGGUGGCAGCCCCCUCAAUCUUUUACUCUUCAAAUGUCUGGCUCAGGCACCAUUUUCACAAGAUCUCGAAGACGCUUGAAUCCAAUGGCAUGCAAAAAAAACAUAACACUUAGAUAAGUAGCUUCCACAUUAGAAGGCAAUUGACAACAGCUCCAUAAUUCACUGAGUGUGUUAUGAUAAAGCUUUUUUGGGGGUCAUUUCAAUGGUUUUCCUAUGCCUUGAAGCAGAAAGAAAAGUACGUACCAAGAAUCCUGGUUUACCUUCCAGAAAACCAUACACUGACCUUUCCCGUGUUCUCCACUGUACGUAGGCAACGUUGUAUUCAUGACCUUGGAUAAACCAGACGCAUGCAUGUCACAAACACACAAGAGGAAACCCAACUCUUAUAGCAUGCAUCUGUUCGUUAUACAGUUACUUUCUGCAAAAAUGUAAAGUUACAUUAGAAAACACUACUGCUGAUGAUACACACACAGAAUCACUGUAACUGAUCCUACAUCUGGUGAUUAUGUCUCGGCCAAAGCAUGUGCUGGUGAAAAGGUUCACAGAACGUUAUGGUGCAAGUGUGGCACUGCAGCGCUCCCAUCGCGAGUACAAGGAUAGGGACCCGCUUUCCUUGCCUGGUUCUCCCUUGGCUGAUAUCAAAGGAGCUAAAACCGUGACCUCGAGCCCCGGUGGCGUGGCCACACGGGGGCUGCAGCACGUUUUUCCUCCACAGCACUUCGCUGCUCUGUAGAGCCAUGCCCUUUACUUCCACCCAGAGACAAACUCAAAGCUAAUGCUCGCACCCAGUACGAUUCACAAGAGGCAGUGGUAAAGGAACCCUUCCAAGAUGCAGUAUUUAUCAAUGAGGCCUAUUUAGCAAUAGCUCCCAUUUUAAUGUAACUAACCAGGGUUGCUGGGGGAGGGAAUGAUUCCUCUCCCCAACUUCCUCACAAAUGAUGGAAAUAAAAAUCAACUCAAAUUUCUAGAGUUGUACAGGCCUAAGAAAUAAGGCGAGUUUGGGUUUCAUAUGCCAUCACUGGGAAAGCUCGCGCGCCUGACAAAUGGGCCCAGAGGCCUCUUUUCUUCCUGCGUCGUUACAGUUGUAGCCCCAUGAUCCCCGCUUCCAGGGAAGCCCUGGCUCAUCGGCCAGGCGUUCCGUUUCAAAGUUCAUCUCCUGCAAUUCUUAACAGUUUGUUCUCCUGACACCUGCAGUCAGACGCGUAGCCACCAAGAGAAACAAUGCAUAACAUUUUCCAUUGUCAAAAACGUGCAUGUGGAGGUUACACUUCCCAGUGUGAAUUUUUCCAGCUUCCACAUGUGGGAUGACAUCACAGAAACCACAAAAGCAACCAAUUAAACCGCAUGAGAAUAAAUACCCCGACUGGUCUCAGAGGGGACAUUUUUAUGCCUUCUUGACUUCGCUAGGAAUUCUCAGGCUAAAACUUCUAAGCCACUGCUCUCUGGCAAAUCAAUACAACACAUCAAUGUCUCCUCCAAGAGGAAAACUGCCAAGACUCGGGUCUGUGUCAGAAUAUUCUUAGGAGCCUGCAAUUGCCCAUGGUGCUAAACACAGCCUGUUCUGUGCCCACGGGAAUGCCUGAGCGCCUCUCUGUUCCUUAACUCGUGUUUACCAAGCACUCUGAGCCAUGGAGACCAGACGACCUAGUGAGCGGGGGGGGCGGGUCUCUCCAGCGCACCUUGACCUGGUGCAGAGUUCCCACAGGAGGCGCAUUUAAUCGUCAGACUUCACUAGGGAGAGCACUCCCAGGAGCAGAAGCCCAGGGCAGGCGUGGCUGCUCUCGACAGCCUCAGGCACACACAAGCAACGCACGUGCAAGUUCCACCGGCCUUCCAGAAGCUUCCCAACACCGACGCAAGCCAGAAGUGUGACCCUCAGGCUUGGGGGGGGCACCACAGGUACCAUCUUCUCUCCUCCUUCGUCUGCUGCCACCGCUUCUGCCCAGGACCCACCAGCACACCUAGACCCACCUUUCUGCCUUGCCCUGUGUCCCAGCGACAGUUCCCUUCUGGACAAGAGCUGACGCUACGUCUUCAGUCUCCAAGGGUCAAACCUCUACUUUUGUCACUACUCCAGGUCAGCCAGAGCAGGUACCGCUGCAGCGGGUGGCUGCCCCCAAGGCCCAUCAAGCUGGGUCCAGCAGCAGAGCUCCCCCGCAGGCACAUGACCGCCCACUCUUGUUCCAGUUAGAAGCGGGGGUCGGCUAUGGAAACCAGCUUCGCUGUGAUUGCCCAGGUCGCUAGAAUCAUUCUGAAGUCCCCUGUCGGCAUCCAGUGCCUUUAAAACUGAAAACUCUUGACAGUAAAACAAGGACCACGCUAAGAAAACUAUGCGAGUCCCAUGCAGGGAACGUGUCAUUCCACCACCCCAUUUUGUAGAGAAAACCCCUCUUUACUUUUGGGACCGUAAUGACAGUUUUUAGUCCAGCCAUUGCAAGCUUGUUUCACAGGAGAAAGACUAGGAACAGACAGACUACACGGAGUCAUUACACUCGUUCAGGAAUGGAGAGCGACGAUUUAGCACGCCCUUGAAGUAAUUCUCAAAGUCAUUUGGCAACUCCAGCUUGAAGGCCCUGUAACCCAGCCCGAUUUUCCACAUGGCUGUCAAAGCACGUCCUAUGUCCCCUGUAAGCAUCCUAUGACGCUUCAGUCUUUAAUUUAGCACAUUUUAAAUCCAAAGGAAUGAUUGUUUCUUAAAAAUAUGUUCAAUUAUGGUUUAUGCUGAUGGCUAUGAGUAGACACCUCAAUGGGGAAAACAAAUCAGACAAAAAAAAAAAAAAUCAAAACCUUCUGGGACUCCAGGACAAGCAGUGGCAGAGCCAACAGUUCUGCACCUUCUGUCGGGUCACCUGGGUAGAUGGUGGGAAGGCUGUUGUUUCCAUGUGUGUGGCCACUGUUACUGUAACUUUAAAACUUGGCUCCAGGCGUUUAGCACAGUACAGAUUAAAGGUACAGCUACACCAACUAGCACAGUAAUUUUAUAGUGCUUCAUUCAUGUAUCAUGCUUUGGUUUGCUAAUUUUUCCCACAUACCUUUUUAUGUUACAGUCUCUCAAUUUUGUACACAUUUCUCAUAUUGGGAUCUACAGGUAAACACGACCUGCUAUUUCAGUAUAAAAAAGAUAUUGUUAAGAAUAUUGUAUCCAAUAAAUGGUAAACAUAAAGACAAGUCUCAUUGU